AUGAGUAGUGGUGGCGAAGAAGAUCAUUUAUAUACUUUUGAUGAAAAUGACUCCGACUCUAUUGAACUUUACGAAUCUCAAAACACGUCUGAGUUCACCAUACAUGGACUGGCCACUCCGAAGUUAACUACUGUAAUAAGCCAAGGAUCCGAGUUCGACAUCAAUGAAGAUGAAGAUGGGGUCGAUACCAUAUACGAGGGGAUGCUUGACAUUCCUAUUACGAAAAGCAGUAAAAGAGUACUUUGUGAAGGAAGCGUACCGAACCUCAAUUAUGAGUGCUUGACCACUAAGGGUAUUUUCGAAAGAAUACUCCAAAGAGUCGACCAUUUGCAACCCAUCUUUGCGAUCCCGUCUGCAGAUAUAUUGAUAUUACUACAACAUUACGAUUGGAACGAAGAGCGUUUAUUAGAGGUAUGGACCGAAAAAAUGGACGAUUUGCUUGUAGAGCUUGGUUUAAGCACUGCGGCAAAUGCCAAGAAAGAUAAAGAUUUUAGCUUACACUCCAGAAAAGUGGAAUUUAAAGACGAUUUCGCUUGUGUUAUCUGUUGUGAUAGUAAAAACACGGAAACUUUUGCAUUAGAAUGUGGUCAUGAAUAUUGCAUCAACUGUUAUCGCCAUUAUAUCCAAGAUAAGUUGCAUGAGGGAAACAUUAUUACAUGUAUGGACUGUUCUCUGGCGUUGAAAAAUGUUGAUAUAGAUAAAGUGAUGGGACACGCUUCUAGUAGUAAACUGAUGGAUUCCUCAAUCAAAAGUUUCGUUCAAAAACAUAAUCGUAAUUACAAAUGGUGCCCAUUUGCCGAUUGUAAAUCUAUCAUACAUUUACGAGAUACUUCUUCGUUACCAGAAUACACCCGUUUGCAUUAUUCGCCCUUUGUCAAAUGUAAUUCGUCUCAUAGAUUUUGUUUUAACUGUGGAUUUGAAGUACAUGCCCCAGCAGACUGUAAAAUUACCAGCGCUUGGGUUAAGAAGGCCAGAAAAGAAUCUGAAAAUUUGAAUUGGGUUUUGUCUCAUACUAAAGAAUGCCCCAAAUGUUCCGUCAAUAUUGAAAAAAAUGGUGGUUGUAACCACAUGAUUUGCUCGAGCUGUAAAUACGAGUUUUGUUGGAUUUGUGAAGGCCCAUGGGCCCCCCAUGGUAAGAAUUUCUUUCAAUGUACGAUGUACAAAAAUAUUGAGGAUAGCAAAAGUAAGAAUUCUGAAGACGUCAACAAAACAUUGAAGAAGUACACAUUUUUUUAUAGACUAUUUAAUGAGCAUGAGGUUUCAGCCAAAUUGGAUUGGAACUUGGGGCAAACGGUGGGUACAAAAGUUCAUGCAUUACAAGAAAGAAUAGGCAUUUCGUGGAUCGAUGGACAGUUUUUGUCAGAAAGUUUGAAAGUACUAAAUGAGGGACGAACAGCAUUGAAGUGGUCGUUUGCUGUGGCAUUUUAUUCGGAUGCAUCUCACAACUUAACUAAGAUCUUUGUUGAUAAUCAAAUGCUUUUGGCAAAUGCAGUAGAGUUUCUAUCAGAGUUAUUACAAAUAAAAAAUCCUGAAGUCAUUAUGAAACGAAAACCUGAGUUCUAUAAUAAGGCGGGAUACGUGGAAAAUAGAACUACUGCAUUGAUGGAAUGUGGUAGAGAACUAUUAUGCAAAGGGAUUUGCAAAGUUAUGGAAUGA